UGAUGCAAACUAAAUUCGCGGCGGCAAUUUUGCGUACGUGUAAAUCGCUUAAUACAAACACAGCUUUUAGCCAAUCAGCGAAGUGUAUUUACAAAUUACAAAUUCAAUGUUAGAAAAUCAUAGUCACAGCAGUUAUAUAAUACAGAUUUUAAUUAAAAGGUGAAGGCGAAACCUCGCUUAUAAAAAAUGACAGGCGAACUACCGAAACUUGUGCUUAAGAAAGACGAGAAGACGGCAGUAGAGGUUUAUCUACACGGUGCAACAGUGACGUCAUGGAAAUGCAAGGGCAAAGAAAUGCUGUUUGUUAGUAAAAAUGCUGUCUUCAAUGGAGUAAAAGCAAUUCGGGGAGGAAUUCCUGUAGUUUUUCCAAAUUUUGGCCCAUGGGAGUUGGGACCACAACACGGAUUUGCACGAACAGAAACAUGGAAGAUACAUCAACAACCAGAAAAGGACGAAAGUGGAAACAUUGUCGCUGCUUUGGUGUUAGAGGACACAGAACAAACUCGAAAAAUUUGGGAUUAUAAUUUUAAGUUCUUGUACACUUUGACUUUGAAAGACGACGAAUUUUCCACAGAAGUGAGCAUUGAAAAUACGGGAACGAAGGGAUUUCACUUCACGACUCUUGUUCAUACCUAUUACAACGUGGAUAUUUCUAAGAUGAAACUGCGAGGACUUCAUGGAUGUGAAUAUAUAGAUAAGGUUGGAGGUGGCGAAAAAAAGGAAGAAAGGGAAGCUCUUCAAAUUUCCGGGAAUGUCGACAGCGUCUACAAGAACACGGCGAACGAGCUGCUUUUGUCGACUGGCGAUCAUGAAAUUCGAAUAACGAAAGAAAAUCUUCCAGAUACCGUCGUAUGGAACCCAUGGAUCGAAAAAGCAAAGCAGAUGUCGGAUUUCGGCGAUACGGAGUACAAAAACAUGGUGUGUGUUGAACCAGGUUACGUGGCCAAACCCUACGACCUUCGACCGGCGGAGGUGUUUAAAGCGAAACAGACAAUCACCUGCUUAUGCUGACUAGUUAGUUGAAGCUUUUUACUUGGUUGUGAAUUUGAUUCUUCGGAUGCGCGUGAAAGAUGGCCGCCAUAUCACUACCUUUAGAACCUUCUUUUUAUUUGUAAAUUGUAAUCAGUGUAUGCAGGCUACUGUUUUCACUGAAAUGCUUAUAUUUUUUUCUAGUCGAAGUUGUAAUUUGAGAACUAUCCAAGAAAAUAUUUUCUUGAUUAAAACACGCCUAACAGUUAA